AUGGAUUAUUGUUCCCCGGAAGUUGAUAUGAUUGACAUGCUGGCCACUGAGGGCCCGAAUCUAUGGGAAUACCCUCUAAAGCAGUUCUCUCUUACCCCAACUCAUAUUUCUACUUCUUCUCCGUCCUCCCAAGUGAGUUCCGAGAGUUUUGAACAGCAAACAUCGGUCUCCUCAAGUGAUUUACAUUUCUUUCAUUCUCCCGCAACGACAUCUGUGUCCAAUUCACUGCACUACCAUCACCCACAAUCCCAUACGCCAGGGCAGCGACAGCUUCCUGGCCACACGAUGAACCUCAAAGGUCUGACAAACCAGCACGGUCUGGCUUCCAGGGAAGAUAUCAUUGAUAUGCCCCUCAAGCUUGAGAGCCAACACCCGGGUUCUUUUGGUCGAAAUAUGUCCUACUUCAUGCCUCAACUUGGCUUCAAAGUGGCGCCCUCCAGCAGCGCAAGUACCUGUUGCGAGUCUGACAUCGACUCUCUCGACCACUUCGAAGAGCCCUUCGCUACCCAUACAGUCGGAACAAACUGUUGCCUUGUCCACCCAAUCCCAAAGAGCAGUGCUUAUGCUGCCGGGAAUAAUAUCUCUUUCCUCACGAGCAGUGACGAAGGAUCCCCAGUCUCCAAAGUCGAAGCACAAGACGCCCAUUUGGGAAACUCGGUCUUUACAAGAUACUCAAGCCAGGCGUCAACUACAUCGCUUGACAACACUUGUGGAUCCUCGGGUCCAUCGCACCACACACACUCCAUGGAACCCUUUGGUCUCGGAGACGCUAAAUUUCCUCCCUAUGAUGACAGCCUGGUGUGGUCUGCCUGGAAUACCAAUACGCCCAGCGGCACUUGGCUCCCUGGUCCUAGCUUCAACGAUGCUGCAUACACAGGUGGAUGGCACAGCCCAGCCUACCAUCAUGUAUCCUGGGAUGACUCAAACAAUGUCUAUCAAUCAGAAGGAACAUGUGAUUCUUCCAUUCAUCACAGCGGAGCAAUCAAUGGGCUAGGCAUCAUCCCGUCAAGCUAUCCCGCUCAUGCUUUGUCUUCCUCAUCUCCAGCCCAUCCUCAUUUGCAUCCCGCAAGCUCUCCAUCCGAGACUGCUUCGACUGGGAACCACCCAAGGCCUUACCCCCCAAUGAAUCCAGCAUACAUCUCCAGUUCUCACAAUGUCUACCAUGACACCGAAGUUGGAUCUUGCUCACCCAUUCCAAAGCUUGCCGGGAGCCUGAGCCCGUCGUCCUUCACUCCUAUAUCUACUACAACCGAAGAGGGACCAUCUCCCCAGCGAAUCAAGGAUGACCAGACCCCAAUCGAAGCCAAUAUGCAUUACACUGAUGAGCGAAAUGCGUUCCUGAUUGAUUGCAAGCGUCGUGGUCUUUCCUACAAGGACAUCAAGCGCGUUGGCGGGUUUAAAGAGGCAGAGUCUACCCUUCGUGGACGAUACCGAACCCUCACCAAAUCCAAGGAUCAACGGGUUCGAAAGCCUAAAUGGCAAUCUCGAGAUGUCAAACUCCUUUGCGAGGCUGUCAGCAUACACGCAGAAGCCCCAGACACCUACAGCUCGUUGACGCAUAUGGGCAUGACGACGAAUGAGCCUCCGAAGGUUUCAUGGAAGAAAGUCGCAGAGCACAUCUGGGACCAGGGGGGGUCCUAUCAAUUUGGAAAUGCGACCUGCAAGAAGAAGUGGUGUGAGAUCCAUAACAUUCGGAUUUGA